AUGGGAAACAGCGGAGCUCCAGACUUCCCCUUCCACAGGGCAUCGGGGCCCGAACCACCAGCGGAAUACGCAAAGCUCCGCGCAACAUGCCCAGUCUCUCGAGUCAAGAUGUACGAUGGCAGCCUGGCUUGGUUGGUGACCAAGUAUCGUGACGUCUGCUCCGUAGCCACCGAUGAGAGGCUCUCCAAGCAACGUACCCGACCUGGCUUUCCUGAGCUCAGCGCCAGCGGAAAGGCCGCCGCCAAGAACAAACCGACCUUCGUUGAUAUGGACGCACCGGAUCACAUGAACCAAAGGAACAUGGUGGCACCUCUGUUCACCAAAGAGCACGUCGAGACCAUGAAACCGUACAUUCAAAAGACGGUCGACGACCUGCUGAAUAAGAUGUUGGCGAAGGGCUGCAAAGAGCCAGUCGAUCUGGUCGAGAACUUUGCGCUUCCCGUGCCUUCAUAUAUCAUUUACACUAUCCUGGGUGUUCCCUUCGAGGACCUUGCCUAUCUGACCACCCAGAAUGCCAUCCGUACGAAUGGCAGUGCUACUGCACAGCAAGCAGCAGCGGCUAAUCAGGGCCUGCUUGACUACAUUGCGGACUUGGUGGACAAGCGGAUGGUCGAGCCCAAAGAUGACCUCAUCAGCAAGCUUUGCGUGGAACAGUUGAAGCCUGGUCACAUCGAGAAGGCCGACGCUGUGCAGAUCGCUUUCCUGCUGCUCGUAGCAGGCAAUGCCACCAUGGUGAACAUGAUUGCUCUCGGUGUUGUUGAGCUCCAACGAAACCCUGCCCAGCUUGCAGAGCUCAAAGCCAAUCCAAAACUGGCCUCAGCCUUUGUGGAAGAGCUGUGCCGCUACCAUACGGGCUCUGCAUUGGCCAUGAAACGCGUAGCCAAAGAGGACGUCAACAUCGGCGGCGUCGACAUCAAAGCCGGGGAGGGCAUCAUCGCCUCCAACCAGUCAGGCAAUCGUGACGAGGAAAUCUUCAGCAAGCCAGACACCUUCGACAUGCACCGUAGAUGGGGCGCCGACGAUGCGCUGGGCUUCGGAUUUGGUCCACACCGAUGUAUCGCAGAGCACUUGGCGAAAGCUGAGAUGACGGCAGUAUUUGCAGAGACGUUGUUCAAGAAGAUGCCGAACCUGAAGGUUGCAGUGCCCCUCGACCAGGUGAAUUACACACCAUUGGAUCGCGAUGUGGGCAUUGUAGACCUGCCAGUGACCUGGUGA